ACAGCGGGGUGAGCUUUGACCCCACGACUUAAUUACUGUCAAAUUUUGAAGAAACAUUGAUUAACCAAUAAUACAAUAAAUUAAUUGAACCGUUUCUUCCAUCAAAUAAAUAACCGAAAUUGCGGAAAAAAUAAUUUUCAAGUGGAAAACUACAUUCUAAGUGCGAAGAUGCCGCGAAAGAGGAGAGUGUCAGUGACGUCUCUGGAUGAUGAUGAUUAUCCUGAAGAGAAAUAUAGUAAAGACGAAAUCGAAGGAAAAGCUCCGCGAAAUGCCGCAAAUGCUCGAGAGCGUGCAAGGAUGAGGGUCUUGAGCAAAGCCUUUUGUCGACUGAAAACUACUCUUCCCUGGGUUCCGGCUGAUACCAAACUCAGUAAAUUGGAUACUUUACGUCUCGCUGCGACAUACAUCGCACAUCUUCGCGCUGUUUUAAGGGAUGAUAACGACUCACUUCCGGAUUCCACUAGGUCUCUGUCUUUGGCUUUGACUUGGCCCUUUGCGAUUCAAUCACCUUCUCCAGUAUUCAUGAAUAGCAGUUGCGCAGUUUCUUCGACAUCACAAAUGCCUAAUCAGUAUAACCGCACACAGGUACAGAAUCCCCACGAAAUUCAGAACUAUCACUCUGGUCAAAUUAUUCCAAAUCGUCAUGAUCAAAUGUAUUAUUAAUUUUCCCAACACUAAAAGUAAGAAUUUCUGAUGUUUAGCAUCAGGAAGGUGUCUUUGAUAAUCGUACCCUGCCUUCUUUAUUUAUUAAUUAAUUUGAAAGAAUGAGAAUUGAGUAAUCAACAGA